UUUCGACGAAAUGGACAUUUUUUAGUAGGGUCGAAAUGAUAAUAAUUACUUGAAACCCAAUAAAAGAAAAAAGAAAAAAGAAGCUGCUGAACAGAUGUUGUAACUAACUAAGGUUUGCACAUUGUUCUGGCUUAAAUAAUUGAAUCUCCUCAUUAGCUUCAAUUCUUGGGGACUUUGCAGUAUAAAUAAAGAACUUCAUAGUUAGGGGAUUUCUACCACUCUUCAUAAGUUGCCAUCCAUUAACCUUUUGAAUCUUCAACCUAGAUAAGAGGUACCAAAAAUAAAAAGAUAAAAAAUGGUGUUCAAUGUGUUGAUAACAUCAAAAGAGAUGAUCAAGCCAUCAUCUCCAACUCCCAAUCACCUCAAAACCUUCAAUCUAUCCUUCCUUGAUCAAAUUGCACCACCAAUCUUCAUCCCUUUAGUUUUCUUCUACCAAGCUAAUCAUCAUCAAUUCCCUGAUUCUCAAACAUUGCUUAAGCAAUCCUUAUCUGAUGUUUUGACCCAAUUUUACCCUCUAGCUGGAAGACUCUCUAGUGACAUUCUGACUGUUAAUUGUGAUGAUUCGGGAGCUUUAUAUGUUGAAGCUAAAGCUCAUGCUGACCUCCUGGAGAUCAUAACAAAGGCCAGCAUGGAUGAUAUCAAACAGUUUCUUCCACUUGGGCCAAAUAUUACAACAGAAAUGAGUUCAGGUGAGCCAAACAGCAGCAUCAUUUUGGCAGUACAAAUCAAUAUGUUUGAUAGUGGAGGGGUUGCGAUUUCUGUCCAAAUGUCUCAUCAUAUAGGAGAUGGAGCCUCAAUAGUCAAUUUCAUGAAUGCUUGGGCUGCAACUUGUCGUGGUGAUGAUGAUGGUAAGCUUAACUUUUCAGCCAUGUUCGAUUUUCACAAUGUUUUUCCCCACAAAGACUUAUCCAAGGAAAGCUUCAAACCCUUUGCGGGCGCAAUGUCCAAACAAAAAAUCGUCACAAAAAGGCUUGUGUUUGACAAGGAGAAGUUAGCAAAACUAGAGAUGGAAUUGAUGUCAUCGCAAGGAGGAGUAAAGACUAUUAAUCCAACGCGAGUUGAGGUUGUCACGGCGUUUUUAUGGAGGCAAUUUGUGGACAUCGCCAAAGGUAAGAAUUCGAAGAAGACGGUUACAACAUGGCAUGUUGUGAACUUGAGGCUUAGAGUGGAUCCGGUUCUUCACAAUCGCUCGUUUGGGAACGUGUACAUCGUGUCUCCAAUAGCCAGACCUCCUGUUCUUGCCGAUCAUGAUCGUCUUAAUCUGGUUGAUAACUUAAGCAAAGCAAUGAGAAAAGUUGAUGCUGAGUAUAUGAAGAAAAUGAAAAGUGGAGAUGAGUAUUUGAACUAUCUCAAAGAAGUUGUGGGACAACUAUUGAAGGGGGAGAUUGAAUUGUGUCCAUUUACUAGUUGGUGUAGGUUUCCUGUCUAUGAAGUUGAUUAUGGCUGGGGAAAGCCUAUUUGGGCUUGCCCUUGCACAAUGCCUUACAAGAAUACGGUGAUCUUGAUGAGUACUAGUUCCGGAGAAGGCAUCGAGGCUUGGGUGAAUAUUCUUGAAGAAGAUGAAAUGAAAAUUUCCCAUUGAUUUUUCAUGGACUUGAUUACUUAGUUAAAUGAAUUGUGAGAGAAUUGAACAAUCUAGUAAUUAAGAUGUUGUGUUUCUUGAGAGUAGAUCCGGAACUAAUUUGCACCAUAGGAAGUCCAUUGGUAUGGGUUUUUUUUAAUUAAAAAAAAAAGAUAUGAUAAACAAAUUGUGGUGCCUAGUGUAACUAGUAGAUUUUGGUGAUCUGCUUUGUUUCUCUUCUACAAAAAGAUCUAGUCUUGUCAAGACCUCGAGUUGUGCUCUUAUUUCGAUCACAUUUAGUGGUCUUUAUCGUUAUGUACAUCUUUUCUUUGAAUAUUUCCGCUCAAAAAUGUUGCCAUGUC